UUCAAAUUUAAAAAUUUCGUUGAAAUAAAAUAAUAAUUGUAAACAAAAAAAUCGCAAUUUCGCAAUUUCAUCAAAAAAUGUCAGAAAAUGUACCUAAAAAAUCAGAAAUAAGUAAGAAUAAGAAGUCAAAGAAGCCAACAAAGUGUUAUGACUUAAUAGAUUUCGUUGUCAUCAAGAAGAAAAAUGUAAAAACACACAAAACAAUAGUCAAGAAAAUUUCAUCGAAAUCUGUCAAAAAAGGAAAAUUUAAAAGAAAGAAAGCAUCAACUUUAAAGAAGAAAAUCCUCAAAGAACGGAUAAAAAAGAAGCUACAGAACGAGGAACAAGCAGAAGAAAUAAGCGAAAUUGUCGAGGAACUAGAAGAAUUGAAGAUUGAAGAAAAGGAAGUGACCAAAUGUGAUCAACAAGAUAAUGAACAAAUUGUGCAGCAUUCAAGGAACUUCCGAGACUAUUGCGAUCAUUUCUGUACUCAAGAUAUCAAGCAUUAUAGCGAGAUUGUGAUUAAGGACUUAUUUCGGUAUCAGGAGAACAAAUUCCAGCAGAAUCCAAUCAAGGCGAAAGCAAAUCGCAGAUAUGUCGUUGGGUUCAAGGAAGUCAAGAAGUUCCUGAAUGUUGAGCGCUUAAAACUAAUUUUUAUAGCACCGGAUCUCGAAAAGAAUGCAGAAAUAGACAAACUAGUAGCUGAAAUCAAGGAACUAGCUGCUAUACACAAAACUCCAUACAUAUUCGGCAUCAAAAGAUGGAAGCUUGGCUAUAUGCUGCUCAAAAAAGUACCUGUAAGCAUCGUUGGCAUUUUCGACUAUCAAGGAACGACUGAAAAUGUCAAUAUUCUAUUAAAUCAUGUUACAAAGGAAAAAGAUUCUUAUAAGAAUAAAACAGGACAAUGAAAUUUUAUUAUAGAAACAAUUUAGCCAUCCAUACUUUUUAUUGCUGUAAAGUAUUAAUCCCCAAAACCUAAUAAUUCGAAGAUCCACAACCGAUCAGAAUUUCUUGAGUAUUCUGAAUUUUAAUUAAUUAUCCUUAAUGACUUCUUCCUGAGCCAAUAAUCUUCUUGCGCUGUGCAAACAUGUGCAAGUACAUUUGUGGGAAUAAUGGAAUGUAAGAAAGCAUUACCAUCCACAUAAAGUAGAAGUACGAGAAUGUAAAAUUAAUUUUAUUUGGCAUUUCAAUGCUCCAUUGCUUUGAUUCCUGAAUGUGACUUUGUGCCCAAUAGAAGCAUAACAGCUCACCGGUAACUCCAAUUGGAUAUAAAGCAAUAAAUGUUGUGUAUCU